GAGCAGAUGGCGGCGCGCGAUUCGCGGCCCGCGUCAUGUUUUAUUCCACUUUCUAUACAGACCAGCCCCCCCCCCCCCCCACACACACACACACACCGCCCCGCCCUUCUCUGCGAUUGACUGGACGUGAAUAUGAAUGGGUUGUAAAUCCGGGACCGGGGGCAGGGUGCGGGGUGACUCGACAAACACAGUCCCACUUCCAUCCAUUUAUUCGUCCCAAUAAAAGGGGGAAUUGGAUUAAGCACAGUGACCAUGGCGACCCACCGGCCGGCUGUACACGCGACCACGCAUAGAUGCCUCUUUCUCUUUCUCUCUCCCUUCGCUAAACUGUCGCGUUGCGCUUGCUCCCUCUCGCUGCCUUCUUGCCGCACUCGAUAUUUACUGCUGCCCCCAAGGCCGGCCGGCCGGCCGCGCUCGCGCCGCCGUCAAACUUCAGUGCCAUUCUGCAGCCGUAAAGGUGGCAGAGUACAAUCCCGCCCUCUCUCUUUCUCUCUCUCUCUCCUUGAGCAUGAAGGCCACUGUCCUGACACGGUGCUUCACUACCUCACUGGUUGCGUCUGUGUGUGUGAGAGCUCACGUCCGCCCAGCAACAGACUCAAAACUUUCAACAAGAGCGGCGCAUGCGGUGCCGCGUGACGUCCUCAACUUCGUAGUCUCUUCUUAGUUCUCUUCUUAUUCGUCUUGAUUCGCCGUCUUCUUCUCGCUCUUCGUACACACCACUUCUUCUCCCUCUAGUGUAGCGACCUUAUUGAUUAAAAUGGAAGUGAAGCAAGGGAACUUUUUUUUUGAACGAACAUGAUUGACGCAGGAUGAUCGGGGCGAUGCCCGCAGUGGCCGUGCGCCACGAGAGACAGAAGCAACAGAAACGCGACAAGUGGUCCUCCAGCCUGGCUCUGCAGACGCCGCUGACCAUCUCAGGUCUCACCAUGAUCGGGGCCAUGCCUGCCGUGGCCGUGCGCCACGAGCGCCGCAAGCAGGACCGCCGCAAGAAGCGGCCGUCGCAGCUCGGCAUCUCGUCGCCGCCCACGGACUCGGUGGACAACGUGGGGCUGGGGCUCGGCCUGGGCAGCCCCGAGCCGCUGCAGUCGCCGCCGCACCGCCAGUACGGCCGCCAGGAGUACUACAUCUGCGGGAAGGUGUCCGUGCUGCACGUGGUCGUGGUGUCGCUGCUGCUGGGCGCCAUCCUGGUGAUCGUCGGCCUGGUGCAGCUGACCCCCAACGCGGACGCCAGUCAGCACCGCUACCUGCUGCUGGGCGGCGGGGGCGCGCUGCUCAUCAUCGGCAUCCUGCUGGCCGUGCUGCGCUGCUGCGUGCUGCCCUGGAGGGAGCGCCGCCUGCCCACCGCGUCCACGGCCUCCGGGGCCACCAGCGCAGCGAGUGGAGCGCAAGCGUCUGGCGCCGGCAGCGACGCCGGGGCCUCGAGCUCGGCCCCCGCCCGGGAGGGGCACAGGUCUCGGACUAACUCCACCACCACCAACGGCCAGGUGGCGCGGCGGGCGUCCAGUGCGUUCGGCGUGUGCACCCCGACUGGCGCGCAGCGCCGUCGCAGCCUCAUGGACAUGGAGCGCGGCAUCCCGCAGGCCGUCCCGCAGGCCGCCCCGCAGGCCGUGGCCGCGGCCGCAGCACCGCCCCGAGACGUGGAGGCCGCCGAGGACACCGACGACACGCGCGCCGAGAUCCAGAACCACCUCAACGAGAUGAGCGCCGCCGCGCCCGCCGAGCUGGCCGCCACGUUCCCCGUCAGCAUGACCGCGACGACCGCGACGCUUGCUUUGUUGAUGAGAGGGCUGCCCAAAUUCAUAUUGUUUUGCUGUGGAUUGAGACAAAGUGUUUCACUGAACAGCCCUAUAUGUAAAUCUUUGAGACCAAAAAUUCUUCAUGGAUCUCAUCAUGCCAGAAGCAUGUCUUGUUUUAAAUUCAAGCUUGAUGGAAAUUUUUUCUAA